AUGAAUUUUCACUUCCUCGUAGUUGCCCUAGGCACACUUGUCAACAACGGUUUGGCAGCUACAUUCAGUCCAGCCAGACCUCCCGCGAUUCCUCUGGCAGUUAGAUCUCCGUACAUGAACACAUGGCUUGAACUCGGAAGCGAUGGAGGAUCCCAAGGUUUCCUUCCAGGUGCUUGGCCUCGCUUCUGGGCAGGCCCCCAACCUGGAGAAGCCGUUGGUGCCAAUGGAGCCGUAACUGGGUGGACAGGAUUGAUCAAGGUUGACGGGGCAUCAUACACAUGGAUGGGGCAGCCGAAAAUUGGCGACGACUUCCCUACCAAUGUCAAGCAGACGAGCUUUGAAUAUACCUCCCAACGAUCAACCUUUAUCAUGAACGUCGCAGGAAAAGUAUCUAUGAAUGUAACAUUCAUCUCCCCUAUUGCACCAAAGGAUCUCAAGAGACAGUCAAUCAUCGGCAGCUAUCUUCAGGUCACUGUUGCUGCAACUGAUGGAGCUACGCAUUCUGUUCAACUCUACGCUGACACUACAGCAGAAUGGGUUUCUAUCCGCAAUACAGACACUGCCCAGUGGAGCUUUUCCAAUCAGAAUAACAUUGUCAGUCACAAAUCCUGGCGUCAAACACAGAGCGAGUUCAAUGCGGAUUUUCCUGAUGAUGGUUCCCAUUGGGGAAAUUGGUAUUGGUCAACAGCAGCCACCCCGUCCUUGACUUCCCAAUCUGGUGGUCAUGAGACUGUGCGCGGGAACUUCCUUCGUGACGGCAAGCUCCCAAACACCCAAGAUAGCAAUUACAGAGCAAUCAGUGACAACUUCCCUGUCUUUGCAUUCGCAAAUGACCUCAGCAAUGUUGGGAACAACCCAAUCACAACGCUAUACACCAUCGUUCAUGCCCAGGAGAAUGCCAUUCAAUUCGAUGGUGCAAACGGCAUCGUUUCUGUCCGCUCUCUCUGGACCAGUUAUUUCGGUUCUGAUCUUGCAGUGGUCGAGUUUUUGUACAAAGACUACUCAACAGUAGAUGGAGCUAUCGAUCAUGUCUUCGCUGUUGACUCUCUUGCGGCUGGUGGCCAGGAUUAUCUCACCAUCACUUCGCUUUCGGCACGCCAAGCCUUUGGUGGUACUCAGUUAUGCGGAACCAUUUCCAAGCCGUACCUGUUUCUCAAAGAAAUUUCCUCCGACGGCAAUAUUCAGACCGUGGACGUUUUCUUUCCGGCUAUACCCAUUUUCCUAUACUCUAAUCCGGUCUUAGUCAAGUACCUUCUGGAUCCAUUGUUUGAGAAUCAAGAAGCUGGGCGCUUCCCCAAGCAGUGGAGUAUACAUGAUAUGGGGGGCCAUUACCCGCAAGCUAUUGGGCAUGAGGAUGGCCAACAAGAGGAUAUGCCUGUUGAGGAAUGUGGAAACAUGAUCAUCGCAACUCUAGCCUAUGCCCAGUCGACAUCAGACACUGCCUACCUGUCUAAACACUAUCAACUAUUGAAGCAAUGGGCUGGUUUUCUAGUCUCUGAUUCUCUGAUCCCAGACAACCAACUAUCUACCGACGAUUUCCAAGGAUCGCUUGCCAACCAAACGAACUUGGCGUUGAAGGGUAUCAUUGGUAUUGAGGCAAUGGCUGUGAUUGCCAGGCUUACAGGCAACAAUGCGGAUGUAACCAGAUUUUCCAACACAGCGCAUGACUACAUCAAGAAGUGGCAGGAUAUGGCUGUGGUCACGGAUGCGAAUCCUCCACAUACCAACCUGGCUUACCAUGAUAACAACUCGCAUGGUCUGCUUUACAAUCUUUACGCCGAUAAACUUCUGGGCCUCAAUCUAGUCCCAAAUUCCAUAUACGACAUGCAAAGCACCUUUUAUCCCACGGUCGCAGAUGAAUUUGGAGUAACGCUUGAUACAAGAAAUACGAAUACGAAAUCGGACUGGCAAAUGUGGGUUGCAGCUAUCUCAAGCCCGUCCACAAAGACCAUGUUUUAUUCCAAGCUCGCAAAUUGGAUAAACAAAACACCGACGAAUCGUGCUUUUACUGACCUGUACAACACGCGGUCAGCAGAUUUUGGGGGGGGCAAAUUUGCCGCACGACCUGUUGUUGGAGGGCAUUUUGCGGCGCUGGCCUUGAACGGGGCCCCGAGGAGUGCGGGUGUUAGGAGGGGUGUGGAAUUUAAAGCUUGA